AGUGUCUAGAUGCAGCGAAUGUAAGCGGUCUGCUGGAUUGCUCACAAAUCUGACAUUUGCCUCGGCCCCUCGUCUCAUCUGACUGGCCAAUUCGUCGCAGCCACUGCCGUCGCUAGCCAUGCAAUCCAGCAUUGAAUGGUUGCCUGUGAGACGAGCAUCCUCGGUGUCACGGCUUGCUGUUCGGUCCGUGCAGUUGCUCAUAGCUCAACUCCGUCAUCGGAGGCUGUCGGAUCACGCGCCCUCGGCCCCUGCAUGGCGCCAACAGAGCCCUGACAAGCUGCCCUGGGCUUUGGUCAUGCGGCGGCGCAUUGCCUCGACGUAGCCGAUCGGGCGGCCCCUGGCGGCACUGACCAAGUCCUGCAGGCCUCCGUAUACCAGGCCCACCACCAGGGCCGUCUUGGUUGUGCGCGCGGCCAUGAUCAGGGGGAAUCGGUCUACCAAGGUUAGCUCACAUUAAAGCUCCAGCUCGCAGAGCUUCCCGGCAACAUACUCCACAGACUAAAGCCGCCGGCGACGGCGACAGAGGCCAUGACGGUGUUGAUGCCGUCCAUGGACCUGCGGUAGCUGUCAAACAUAUCCUCGAUGGCAAACAUGGCUGUGGUCCAGAAGCAGAUACGGCCGCCCAUCUUGAGUCCUUCCUUGAUGCCGCCAAAGGCCAUGUGGUAGUUCUUGCUGCGGUGGUAGAGGUACCAGCCUGUUGUGGACGAGGGCAGCUUGUGGGCGUGCUCGGCGCGGAAGCGCAGGCCUCUCAUCUUGCUGCCGUGCAUGAUACCUAGGGUCAUGCCUACUCCGAACGAGGUGAGAGCGGCAGCGGGGAUUCGAACGAAGCUGGGGGUCGAUAGGCGCGAGUUCCUGGCCAACUCGGCCAUCUCCUCGGGAGUAAUCUGCCGGGCCCUGCGGCGGGGGUCUUUGGGGGCAUCGUCUGCGGGUUCGGACGCCAUGGCGUAGGUUGGGCGGUCGGUCGGAGAAUGGACAGCUGGAGGUCGGCACUCGGCUGAGGCCGUCGCCAGAUCGAAACCGAGAUGAUGAAAUUUCUCUCCCAGUGCUUGGCGGCCCAAGCUCCCUCUCGGCUCUUGAUGCUGUGGAUGGGUGGGUCCGCUAGCUUUAGUGGGGUACGUCCGCCCGCUACCCCCACGUCGCGUCAGCUCGAUCAGUUCUGGGAUUCAGCUCCAGCGUCCGACUCCUCCCUUGGACACAGCAUACACAGAACAAGCACAACAUAAGGGCAAAUCGGGACUUGGUAGGACAGUCCCAGCACCUCAUCUAGACCAACUGCACUGCCAUCCGCGCCACCGUCUACACCAUGCCGCCCAAAGCGGCCCAAAUCGAGGUCGACCUCUCGCUCCGCUUCAAGUACGGCAUCCACACCAUCUACAUGCUCGUCUCGCCCCUCAACACGUUCGCACAGAUCUCGGCCGACCUGCUCGAGAUCCUACAAGAGCGCUACCCCAAAGGCCUCAGCUCGACCCUCGGGGCCACCGACACGCCCGUCCCCGCAGACGCAGCCGUCAGCUACGGCAUACUCCAGCAGCAGAGCCGACGCGGCGGCGACAGCAGCAGGGCCGCCGAGUGGCGGAAUCUCAAGGUCCGCGACACGGACACGCCCGUCGCCAAAGGUCUCAAGGACAACAUGGACGUCGCCUUUGCCCUGCAGUCUCCAGAAGAUGCCGACGACGCGCCACAGUUUGUUGUCGAGUGGCCAAGCCUGGACGAGGAAGAGGAGUAAGCGCACAGGUUCCAUCAUCGCCACGGGCUUCCUGGCCAGUCAAAGAUAAUGCUAGCAACACAGGCGUUGGACGGAACAAAUGAUACCCAUUGAUUGCAUUCUAUCAUCCAAGCCGUAAUUACGUCCCUCCGCCGGGCCUACGCCUUCUUCCACCCCCGCAGCUCCUCCCACUCGUGCUCCAGCAUGGAGAAGCAGAUGACGUCCCACCACCUGCGGUCGUGGUACUGCAGCUCGCGCAGGCGGCCCUCGUCCUUGAAGCCUAGACGCCGGUACAGGGCGCACGCGCGCUCGUUGAACUCGACGGCGUUGAGCCCGAUGCGGUGCAGGCGCGCGUACCUAAAGGCCCAGUCCACCGCCCAGUUGAUGGCCUCGGCCCCGUACCCCUUGCCCUGGUGCGCCUCGGCGAUGCUGAUGCCCAGGUCCGCCGACCCAGCAAAGUUGCCGCCGCUCGCAAUCUCGCCGUCGCCCUGCCUGGGCAUGCCAUCGCCGUCCAUGAUCCACAGGUAGCCGAUUGUUGUGAGCUUCUCGGGGCGGAGGUGCCGAGCUGCCGUUUGUUUCGCGCCGUUUGCUGCCCCGUCUUCUGCCUCUGCCGCGGGAGGUAGGCAAAUCAUGACGCCCAGGAUGACCGUCUUGAGCAUACCGGCCAUCUCGUCUGCGUCCUGCACGCUCGACGGCCGCAACAGCCCCGGGCCGCUGAAAACAUUGUUGACUGGGUCGCUGUGCAGGUAGUUGUGGAUAAAGUCGCGGUCCUCGUCGCCCUCGACGCGGCGGAAAACCAGCCGCUCGGUCUGGAAGAGGGUCUUGAGGCCUUUUGUAGGGUCGCUCAUGGUGAUUUCGGUGAUCGGCGUCCGCGCCUUUCCGGGUGAUUCUAUUUUCGUCUCGCUGCGAAUCUAUCGCGUUCCCAAAGGCUGUGCUUAUUUAGUGAGUAGGGAAAUGCAAGAAAAUGUCGGGAAGAUACCGGAAGAAAAGAUACGAAAGGUCUCUUGCCGAACGCAGCUCCUUAUAUGUCCACCAUGGCCACGCUCACUGACCGUCAACGCGAUGAUCACCACCGAGGCACAAUCGCGUGGUGCCCCGUCUGAUGUUUCCUGUUCGGGACAUUUACUUGCAAGGCUGCUGCAUGUCAAUUUUCCAACUCUCUGCCGCCGCGUGGAAUUACUCGAUACUGCCAAGUUAACACGCUCGGGAAUGGCCGAGAGCUUGGCGGCUGCCUCCUGUCCAGCGACAGCGGCCAUCCUUGCC